AUGCCCCAAACCAUGUCCUUCCACAUUAAUAUCAUCCUCACCGUUGUCGCCGCAACAACCCUAAUCCUCAUCUUCUUCAAACAUCUGCUCAACAAGGUAACCUCAUCAGUAUCCUCCAAAGGGACGAAGCUGCUGCUGAAUCUCCCGCCGGGGGAGAUGGGGCUGCCAUGGCUGGGAGAGACGAUGGACUUCUACCGAUCACAGCGCAACAACCGCCUCUUCGAAGACUUCCUCCGCCCCCGCAUCGCCAAGCACGGCAGCAUCUUCAAGACGCGGCUGAUGGGCUCCCCGACUAUCGUGGUCAACGGGGCCGAGGCCAACAGGUUCUUCCUCUCCAACGAGUUCAAGCUGGUGGUGAGCUCGUGGCCGGCCUCGUCGGUCCAGCUGAUGGGCGAGAACUCCAUCAUGGAGGCGAAAGGCCAGCAGCACCGGACCGUAAGGGGCUUGAUCGCCACGGCGCUCAGCUACUCGGGGCUGGAGGCGUUGGUGCCCAAGAUGUGCAAGCUCGUCCAGUCCAGCCUGGCCGAGCACUGGGAUGCAACCACGGAGAUCAGCUUGUACCGUUGGACCAAAAACCUGACGUUCGCGAUCGUGUUCGAGUGUUUGUUGGGGAUGGAGGUGAGACCGGGGAUGGUGGAGGUUUUCGAGAGGGUUUUGGAAGGGGUGUUCGAGCCGGCGGUAGGGUUUCCUGGGUCCAAGUUUUCGGGGGCGAAAAGGGCGAGAGGGGAGAUCAAGGGGAUGCUGGUGGAGGUGGUGAGGGAGAAGAGGAAGGAGCUGGAGGCCGGAGGAGAAGGAGGAGAGGAAGAAGGGCAGCUGAUGUGGAGGCUUGUGAAGGCUGUGAUGGAAGGGGAGGUGACGGAGGAAGAGGUUGUGGACAACGUGGUGCUGUUGGUGUUUGCCGCGCACGAUACGACGUCGUAUGCUAUUGCUAUGACGUUCCGGAUGCUGGCUCGGCACCCGGAUUGCUACCACCUCGUCUUGCAAGAGCAUAUGGAGAUAAGGAAGAAGAAGGAGAAGGAGAAGAAAGGAGGAAUGGGGAAUUUAUUGAGUUUGGAGGAGGUGAAGAGGAUGAAGUAUACAUGGGACGUGGCGCGUGAGAGCAUGAGGCUGUUCCCUCCCAUAUUUGGCUCUUUCAGGAAAGCCAUUCACGACAUUCACUUUGGCGGUUACACUAUCCCCAAAGGAUGGAAGGUGUUGUGGACAGCGUAUGGCACACAUUACAGCGAGGAGUACUUCGAGGAGGCGAUGAGCUUCAAGCCCAGCCGCUUCCAGGACCAGAAAUUCCCGCCCUACGCCUACGUCCCGUUCGGAGGAGGGCCGAGGAUUUGCGCGGGCAGCCAGCUGGCGAAGCUCAACAUCCUGGUGCUGCUUCACUGCGUCGUCACUGCCUACGACUGGUCGCUCGUCUUCCCGGAGGAGCAGAUCAGGAUGGACCCCUUGCCUUUCCCUUCCCAUGGAAUGCCCAUCCGAGUCUCCCCCAAGUCGCCUUGAUUUAUUUUUUUUUUUUUUUCAUUGCACCAUUAAUUACUUUUCCUUCCAUUAUGUUGCUUGCCUUAUAAAAGCGAGGCUAAUGAAGAUCGAAGAGAACUCACACAUAACUACUACUCACGUACCCUCACUUUUUCAUAUGUG